AUGAUAGAUAAAGCUGUCCAACUAAUCAGGAUCAAAACUGAUAGUGAAGUGGCAUGUGAAGAAGCAGCCCGUUUAACAGCAGAACAACAAGAAGAUGAAUUCGAAGAUGAGUACUGCUAUUACCACGAUCUUCCGCCCCCUCCCGACGGGGGAUACGGAUGGGUCGUGGUAUUCGCUUCGUUCAUGUGUAACAUGAUCGUGGACGGUAUAGCCUAUACGUUCGGUAUUUUCCUCUCCGAUAUAGUAUUUUAUUAUGAUGAAACUAAAGGAAGAACGGCGUGGGUGGGAUCCCUCCUUUCGGGAAUGUACCUAAGCGCGGGUCCGCUAGUAAGUGCUUUGACGAACAAGUUCGGUUGUAGGGCAGUGUGUAUUUCGGGAAGUAUUAUUGCCACCAUUGCUUUCGUAUUAUCGAUAUUCAGUCCAACUGUGAACUGGCUUAUGUUUACGUAUGGAUUUAUAGGAGGAAUCGGUUUCGGUUUGAUUUAUCUACCGGCAGUGGUUUGUGUCGGGUAUUAUUUUGAAACAAAAAGGUCGCUAGCAACGGGAAUAGCAGUAUGUGGAUCGGGUGUAGGUACAUUCACUUUCGCGCCACUAGCUACUGCUCUUUUGGAAGAAUACGGUUGGCGAGGAGCGAAUCUUAUACUGGCAGGGCUGAUUCUCAAUUGUAUCAUAUUUGGUGCUUUGAUGAGACCAUUGGAAUAUCCAAAAGACAGCGGAGAGAAACCUCUUUUACAGCGAAUGGCAGAAGAACGGAAGUUGGCGAUGGAAAGAGGCAGUAUAGGUGGAUCUUACUUCAUGGUGCAACUUCCUGAUGGAACCAUGGAGAAAAGACAGAAACAACCUAUUAAUAGAGAUCCUGGAGUACACUCUAGUUUAGCUUUAGAUCAACUAGCUGCGGGAAGCAAUAUUACCCCAAUUCCCACUGUACCUACUCUUCCAACUAUAACAGAAGCUAAAGUCACCGAACAUAGCGGCAGCUCUGGAACACCUAGUCCAAGGGAAAGUAUUACGGAGAUUAAAUCAGGUAAAAAAGUAGAAAACGGUCCGUCGGAAACAAGCCAAAGAGUAAGAAGAGAUUCGGAUAACAGCGCUAUCGAAGUACCUAGAAACCCUAAAAUUAUGCCUAGAAAUGCUAGUCAACCGGCUUUUACAACGCACGUUCAAGGUUUACCGAAGAAUGGAUCUGUGCCUACUUUUGAUAGAAUGAGGAAAACUUCGUUCGGGGAGAGAUUCAAACCAACGUUAGUUCCUAUUAUAUCGUCUUCGAGAAAUGCAGUCAACAGUUCCAAUGGAGAUAUGAGAAGAAAGAGAAACGACUCCACUGGUUCUUUCAUCAGUAGAAAUAUCAGCAGGAAUGCCAGUGAUGUAAGUGCUAAAUCUUUUAUUUUAUAA